AUGGGGCGACUGUGCACCCUGCUUGGGCCUCUGUCAGUCAGCCACGGUGCAGCCUCCCCGUCCCCGAUUCUGUUCCGGGAGCUGUACCUGCCGCCCAUGCACCCCCUCCUCUCCAGCCCUCAGGGCUCCCUGUGGAAAAUCUUCCACCUGUCCCAUAAGGUCACCAGCGUGGUCCCCGAGAGUGCGCUGCUCAUCGUCCUGGGCCUGGUGCUGGGCGGCAUCGUCUGGGCAGCUGACCACAUCGCCUCCUUCACGCUCACGCCCACCGUCUUCUUCUUCUACCUGCUGCCGCCCAUCGUGCUGGACGCCGGCUACUUCAUGCCCAACCGGCUCUUCUUCGGCAACCUGGGCACCAUCCUGCUGUACGCCGUCAUCGGCACCAUAUGGAACGCGGCCACCACUGGCCUGUCCCUCUACGGCGUCUUCCUCAGCGGCCUGAUGGGCGAGCUGCAGAUCGGGCUGCUGGACUUCCUCCUGUUUGGCAGUCUGAUCGCUGCCGUGGACCCGGUGGCCGUGCUGGCCGUGUUUGAGGAGGUCCAUGUCAACGAAGUCCUGUUCAUCAUCGUCUUCGGAGAGUCGCUGCUGAAUGAUGCUGUCACUGUGGUGCUGUACAACGUAUUUGAAUCCUUUGUGACACUGGGCAGUGACAACGUGACUGGCGUGGACUGUGUGAAAGGCAUAGUGUCCUUCUUCGUGGUGAGCCUGGGGGGCACGCUGGUGGGCAUCGUCUUCGCCUUCCUGCUCUCGCUGGUGACCCGCUUCACCAAGCACGUGCGCAUCAUCGAGCCCGGCUUUGUCUUUGUCAUCUCCUACCUGUCCUACCUGACGUCCGAGAUGCUGUCCCUGUCGGCCAUCCUGGCCAUCACCUUCUGCGGCAUCUGCUGCCAGAAGUACGUGACGGCCAACAUCUCGGAGCAGUCGGCCACCACAGUGCGCUACACCAUGAAGAUGCUGGCCAGUGGGGCUGAGACCAUCAUCUUCAUGUUCCUGGGCAUCUCGGCCGUGGACCCGCUCAUCUGGACGUGGAACACAGCCUUCGUGCUCCUCACGCUGGUCUUCAUCUCCGUGUACCGGGCCAUCGGCGUCGUCCUCCAGACGUGGAUCCUGAACCGGUACCGCAUGGUGCAGCUGGAGAUCAUCGACCAGGUGGUCAUGUCCUACGGUGGCCUGCGUGGGGCUGUGGCCUAUGCGCUCGUGGUGCUGCUGGACCAGGAAAAGGUGAAGGAGAAGAACCUGUUUGUCAGCACCACCAUCAUCGUCGUCUUCUUCACGGUCAUCUUCCAGGGCCUGACCAUCAAGCCACUGGUGCAAUGGCUGAAGGUGAAGAGGAGUGAGCAGCGGGAGCCCAGGCUCAACGAGAAGCUGCACGGCCGGGCUUUUGACCACAUCCUCUCUGCCAUUGAGGACAUCUCGGGACAAAUCGGACACAAUUAUCUCAGAGAUAAGUGGUCCAAUUUCGACAGGAAAUUCCUCAGCAAAAUCCUUAUGAGAAGGUCAGCUCAAAAGUCUCGUGAUCGGAUUCUGAAUGUUUUCCAUGAGCUGAAUCUGAAAGACGCCAUCAGCUAUGUGGCGGAGGGGGAACGCCGCGGGUCCCUGGCCUUCAUCCGCUCCCCGAGCACCGACAACAUGGUCAACGUGGACUUCAGCACACCACGGCCAUCCGUGGUGGAGGCCUCUGUCUCCUACCUCCUGAGGGAGAACGUCAGUGCAGUGUGUCUGGACAUGCAGUCCCUGCAGCAGAGGCGGCGGAGCAUCCGCGACACCGAGGACAUGGUCACCCACCACACGCUGCAGCAGUACCUGUACAAGCCACGGCAGGAGUAUAAAUACCUGUACAGUCGGCACGGGUUAGCUGCGAACGAGGACGAGAAGCAGGACAAGGAGAUCUUCCACAGGACCAUGCGGAAGCGCCUGGAGUCCUUCAAGUCGGCCAAGCUGGGCGUCAACCAGAACAAGAAGGCGGCCAAGCUGUACAGGAGGGAGCGCGCGCAGAAGCGGAGGAACAGCAGCAUCCCCAACGGGAAGCUGCCCACGGAGAGCCUGGCGCACAGCUUCCCCCUCGGCGACAAAGAUUUAGAACUUUCAGACCCCGAGGAAGCCCCCAACUACGACGCUGAGGAGACCAAUGGCGGGAUCGAGUUCCUGGCAAACGUCACCAAGGACACAGCGUCGGACUCCCCCACGGGGAUUGACAACCCUGUCUUUUCUCCGGACGAGGACCCCACCCCGAGCAUCCUGGCCCGGGCGCCGCCCUGGCUGUGUCCCGGGGAGGCCGUGGUGCCCUCGCAGCGGGCCCGCGUGCAGAUCCCCCACUCUCCCGGCCACCUCCGCCGCCUGGCGCCCUUCCGCCUCAGCAGCUCGUCGGCGGACUCCGUCCCGCCGCCCGCGGGCCCCGAGGAGCCGCCCCAGCCCGGGCCCCGCGACUCCACGCACAUGUAA